AUGACACCAUUGGCUGGCAUUGACAAAACAAUAAAGAUUUCACCAUUGGCUGGAAGUGACAAAACAAUAAAGAUGACACCAUUGGUUGGAAGUGACAAAAUAAUAAAGAUGACACCAUUGGCUGGAAGUGACAAAACAAUAAAGAUGACACCAUUGGCUGGAAGUGACAAAACAAUAAAGAUGACACCAUUGGUUGGAAGUGACAAAAUAAUAAAGAUGACACCAUUGGCUGGCAGUGACAAAACAAUAAAGAUUACACCAUUGGUUGGAAGUGACAAAAUAAUAAAGAUGACACCAUUGGCUGGCAGUGACAAAACAAUAAAGAUGACACCAUUGGUUGGAAGUGACAAAACAAUAAAGAUUUCACCAUUGGCUGGAAGUGACAAAACAAUAAAGAUGACACCAUUGGCUGGAAGUGACAAAACAAUAAAGAUGACACCAUUGGCUGGAAGUGACAAAACAAUAAAGAUGACACCAUUGGCUGGCGGUGACAAAACAAUAAAGAUGACACCAUUGGCUGGAAGUGACAAAACAAUAAAGAUGACACCAUUGGUUGGAAGUGACAAAAUAAUAAAGAUGACACCAUUGGCUGGAAGUGACAAAACAAUAAAGAUGACACCAUUGGCUGGAAGUGACAAAACAAUAAAGAUGACACCAUUGGCUGGAAGUGACAAAACAAUAAAGAUGACACCAUUGGCUGGAAGUGACAAAACAAUAAAGAUUACACCAUUGGCUGGCGGUGACAAAACAAUAAAGAUUUCACCAUUGGCUGGCAGUGACAAAACAAUAAAGAUGACACCACUGGCUGGAAGUGACAAAACAAUAAAGAUGACACCAUUGGCUGGAAGUGACAAAACAAUAAAGAUGACACCAUUGGCUGGCAGUGCCAAAACAAUAAAGAUUACACCAUUGGCUGGAAGUGACAAAACAAUAAAGAUGACGCCAUUGGCUGGCGGUGACAAAACAAUAAAGAUUUCACCAUUGGCUGGAAGUGACAAAACAAUAAAGAUUUCACCAUUGGCUGGCAGUGACAAAACAUAA